UGAAGCGGCUCCCUUAACCUCAGAUGACUCUGUCAGAUCCGUGUCCUCAUGGCCCCUACACCCCCAGGUCCCCUGAGCCGCUGCAGCCCGGGGCCCCCUGCUCCCCGGGACUGGCCCGGGGCCCCAGGGGGGGACGGGAGAAGCUACUUCACCUUCUCCAGACUACAGCUGUAUCUUCCGUCGCCGCUGGGGGAGACCGACGAGCAGAACAGCAACAGGCGAGAAGACAGUCUCUCACACACGUCUGUCGAUGUACGACCACGACCUCCGGAGACCGCUGAGGUCACCGCGGAAACAAGCAGCCCCUGCGACCCCGAGGUGGGGGUUACCACGGAAACAACCACCACCUUUCAAUUUACCGUGGAGACGAGCGCCUCGGAGCCCCCAGUGUUUCAGCGGCGGGGAUGUCAGCCUUUUAGCCCCGCCCCUCCCCAGAACCCCCCGUCCCAGCCACGAGGGUCCGGCCACCGUGACUGGAGGAGGGGCGGGGCUGUCGAGGGCGAGAACCUCAGACCGAAGCAGGUUCCAGACGGCGGAACAGGCCCCGACAGCCGAGGAGAACCUCAGCGGGCCAGAGGCGCCCCAGCAACGCAACGUGAGCCUCCUCUGGGAUCGGACACAUCUGGCCAGAGGCGGAGGGGGGCCCCUGGCUUGGUGGGGAGGCUGGUGUCCCCCGGGGUCUUCCGGGGGAGACCCCCUAUACUGGAGAAAACCACCAAGACUCUGCUGUGGGGCCCCCAGGGACCCCAGGAGAUUAAGAGUGUGUGUGUGCUGCAGGGCCAGGGAAGGCCAUCGGGUCGAAAGAAAUACAACCACAACGUCACGCAUAUCUGACACCUUGUGGAUUUAUACUUAUUCAUUUAUGGUGGAUGUUUGAAUUCAUCCCUCAUAAAAGGGGACCUAUUAUGCUUUUUCUACUUUUAUGACCGAUAAACGUUGUUAUAAUGAUUGAUAGUCAUGUUUGACCAUACACAAAAAACGAUGUCGAUUUUCGGGAAACUCUUCCUCUCAUCCAUUCUCUGUCAACGUUUCGUCCUUCUCCGCCCCCUCACCCCCCUACUGCCAACCAAACUCUGUUGUGAUUGGUUACCUUCCAUGAAGCGCGCUCGCGGGCAGUUUGACCAGGCAUAUGGGGGCGCGGCAGGAGUGCCUCUACGUAGAUGAUUUCCCGGAAAUGUGAACAAGUCAAUCGCAAUCGUCUGCACAGCCACCCCAGACUGUCAGCAGGGAAUACGUUGAAAUGCAUGUACGUCAUUAUUCGACACUUUAGUAUGGUUAAACAUGCCUAUCAAUCAUUAUAACAACGUUUAUAGGUCAUAAAAGUCGAAAAAGCAUAAUAGGUCCCCUUUAAGGCAUGCCACGAAGAUGCAUGAUGUAUCUUCGGAGUGCAACAAGCAGUUCCGGUUGGAUUCCUUGCAAACAAACUCGGUUACUGACCUGCAAGUAUUUACUACUCAGUUGCUUUUAUCAUGCAGACAGGGAAUUAUAAUCAACAAAAUAUAUAUUUGGGGUGUGUCUUUCGGCUUGGGUUGGGGGUUUGUUUAAGGGUUUGGUUUGAGGAUUAGGGUUCGGUUCCCAGGACAGGGCCACUGAGGCCCCCCCGGGGUCCAGGGUCCUGAAAAAUGACCCAAGGAGGACUUCCGAUGGGAACAGUCCCAGGAUGGGCCCCCGCUGUCCCCAGGGUCCGCAGGGUCCGGGUUCCUGUAAGAGUCCCCUACUUUGCCUCGAGCUCGGGGACUUUUUAAAUAAAAGAAGUGUGUAUGGCAGAAGAAUAUUUAUAAGCAUUAUUCUUAUUAUGUUGUAUCUGUUGGGGUCCUAAAAAAUGUGACACCACAAAAUGGGGUCAGGGGUCCAAAAAAGGUUGACCACCCCUGAAGCAGGGGUAAGGAAUCUUUCUGCUGGGAGUCAAAAACCCUCACCACUACACUUCUGUCAUACAUACUGGUACAUCCAGUAUGUAUGAUGUAUCCCCCCAGGUGAAGAAAAGGUGGGCUCUAGCUUCCACACCAAAAUAUAAGAAGAGUCUCAUACUGUGGGAUAAGCUUCCAUGGCAACAGGAAGGAUACGGUUGACUGCCUGCAGGGAUGGGUCAAUAUUGGUCUUGGUGGAAGUCAGAGCGAGGAGGAAGUCCUUACGCCUGCUGAUAAAAAGUGGGGACACACACCCGGAGAAUCAAAAACCCCAGACGGCACCGCAUGUCUGGCGCACACACACACACACACACACACACACACACACACACACACACACACACACACACACACACACACACACACACACAGACACACACACACACACACACACACACACACACACACACACACACACACACACACACACACACACACACACA